AUGUUUGAAGCAAAGUUUGUGCUAGCUGUAGUUGUGGCCCUUUGGUUAUCAGAGUCCAAUUUUCAUUUUGAAGCUUAUGGAGAUGCAUUAGGCGAUGUCAUCCCAACCCCAAUUUCUUGUGAGAACUGUCCCAAUUCCAAGUGUGACCCUUCAUGUCAGCAAGUGACGACUCCACCACCAACAACACCACCACCUUCUGGCUACUCUAUAUAUGGUGCUCCACCACCACCACCACAUGAGAAGGGCCAGUCAAAGUGUCCUCCUGCUCCUGGUGUUCAGUGUUGUACCCCACCUGCUCCUUAUACUUAUGGUUAUGGUUAUGGACCUCCAAAUCCUUAUUAUGCACCACCAAUUCCUUACACCUACGUGCCUUAUGGUGAAGGCCAAGGACCUGCUUCUAUGAUGCUGCCAAUUCUAGUCCCCCUCAUGAUGUUUUUUUCUUCCUUUAUUUUUCUCGUCUGA